AUGUCCGUCAGAGAGAUGAGACAAAUAUUUCAAUACUUCCGGGCCGAACGUAACAAUUCUCCACCUCAGGAUGUUGAACCGGGCAAAGCAACCCCAAAAAAGGACGGCAAGCAAGCCGUAAAUCGAUCGGUUGAGCCGCUCGAACAUAUCAAGUCAAUUGGUGGACACGACGUAGGAAAACUAGCUAUUCUAAGUUUCCGUGCGUUACAACUUUACCGGAUCGCCGCGCUGCAGGCUCAGCUACUAGAGCAACAGAGGAGCGUGAUGCAAAAAGGGGAAAAGUUCCCUGAAAUUGAGGGGGGAAAGAUCGAUGUGUUAUUACAGAAGUAUGCGGAUGCGAUCCGGAACUAUGAAACGUUAUCCCAAGAUAUAGUCCUCGACAACGAGAAUGUCAACUACGACUUCCUUGGUAGAGAUGGGCGAUUCAAAGUAGUACGCCGGGAAGGGUCCAGAUGGGAAAUUUGGCGGAACCCCAAUGCUACCGUCAGCGAUGAGGGCGGUCAGCUUAAGGAGAUCGGUCGCCUGGGAUGUCGCGCGCUCGAUAGGAAAAGACGGGUGGAGCAAGAGCGUCGGAAGGCAUAUACUUCACGAUUGGUCAUGGCACUGUUUGGAGGCGUGGCGAUCAUUACGCCAAUGCUAAUAAUGGCUUUACACCCAGGGCUUGUAGUGGAUUUGGUUACGGCGUCAGUGGCGACAGUGCUUUUUGCCAUUAUCGUUGCGGUUCAGGCUAGAGAUGCUAGCGGAAAGGAUGUGCUUGCAUCGACAGCAGCUUACGCGGCUGUUUUGGUCGUGUUUGUGGGGGCGAGCCUAGCUCCUAUAAGCACAGCCACCAGGCCGACAAAACUUCUAAAACUUCUAAGCUAA